AUGGUGCCCGUUACUGCAAGCCAGGGUGACCCAGCAUCACUGACCGCUACUGCAAGCAAGGGUGACACGGCAUCACUGCCCGCUACUGCAAGCCAGGGUGACCCAGCAUUACUGACCGCUACUGCAAGCCAGGGUGACAAGGCAGAAAUAUUCCAGGGCGACACGGCAUCACCGGCCGCUACUGCAAGCCAGGGUGACACGCCAUCACCGGCCGCUACUGCAAGCCAAGGCGACACGGCAUCACCGGCCACUACUGCAAGCCCGGGCGACACGGCAUCACCGGCCACUACUGCAAGCAAGGGCAACACGGCAUCACCGGCCGCUACUGCAAGCCAGGGCGACACGGCAUCAACGGCCACUACUGCAAGCCAGGGCGACAUGGCAUUACCGGCCGCUACUGCAAGCCAGGGUGACACGGAAUCACCGGCUGCUUCUGCAAGCCAGGGCGACACAGCAUCAACGGCCGCUACUGCAAGCCAGGGCGACACGGCAUCACCGGCCACUGCUGAAAGCCAGCGUGACGCGGCAUCACCGGUUGCUACUGCAUGCCCGGGUGACACGGCACCACCGGCCACUACUGCAAGUCAGGGUGACACGGCAUCACUGGCCACUUCUGCAAGCCAGGGAGACACGGCAUCACCGGCCGCUACUGCAAGCCAGGGCGACACGGCAUCACCGGCCACUACUGCAAGCCAGGGCAAAACGGCAUCACCGGCCGCUACUGCAAGCCAGGGCGACAAGGCAUCAACCGCCACUACUGCAAGCCAGGGUGACACGAUAUCAUCGACCGCUACUGCAAGCCAGGGUGACACGGCAUCACCGGCCGCUAGUGGAGGCCAGGGCGACACGGUAUCACCGGCCGAUACUGCAGGCCAGGGCGACACGGUAUCACCGGCCGCUACUGCAGGCCAGGGCGACACGGCAUCACCGGCCGCUAAUGCAGGCCAGGGCGACACGGCAUCACCGGCCGCUUAUGCAAGCCAGGUUGACACGUCAUCACCGGCCGCUACUGCAAGCCAGGGCGACAUGGCAUCACCGGCCGCUACUGCAAGCCAGGGCGACACGGCAUCACCGGCCACUACUGCAAGCCAGGGCAACACGGCAUCACCGGCCGCUACUGCAGGCCAGGGCGACACGGCUUCACCGGCCGCUACUGCAAGCCAGGGCGACACGAUAUCAUCGACCGCUACUGCAAGCCAGGGUGACACGGCAUCACCGGCCGCUAGUGGAGGCCAGGGCGACACCGUAUCACCGGCCGAUACUGCAGGCCAGGGCGACACGGUAUCACUGGCUGCUACUGCAGGCCAGGGCGACACGACAUCACCGGCCGCUAAUGCAGGCCAGGGCGACACGGCAUCACCGGCCGCUUCUGCAAGCCAGGUUGACACGUCAUCACCGGCCGCUACUGCAAGCCAGGGCGAUAUGGCAUCACCGGCCGCUGCUGCAAGCUAGGGCGACACGGCAUCACCGGCUACUACUGCAAGCCAGGGCAACACGGCAUCUUCGGCCGC